AUGGCCCUCACACCACAAGCCCUCCGCCUGCUCUCGCGCGAGCUUGUGACCCUUCGCAACUCGCCUCCUGAAGGUGUCCGCGUCGCCGUUGACGAGGACGACAUCUCGGCCAUUGAAGGUUGGGUAGCUGGUCCGCCGGGAACGCCGUACGAUGGCGGGUACUUCAAGGUCCUCUUCGACUUUGGACCCGAGUACCCCAACCUUCCUCCCAAGUGCACCAUGGCGACCAAGAUCUUCCACCCCAACAUCUCGAAGAAGGGAGAGAUCUGUGUUGACACGCUCAAGAAGGGAUGGAGGAAAGACUACGGCGUCGGACAUGUCCUCACCGUCAUCAAGUGCCUCCUGAUCGUGCCGAACCCUGACAGCGCUCUUGACGAGGAGGCGGGAAAGCAGCUCAACGAGGACUACGACGGGUACUGCAAGUACGCCAAGCUCAUCACGGGUAUCCAUGCAACACCCAAGAUCCCACCUGCUCCGUUCCGUGGCGCCACAGCUGAGCGCGCAGACCCGCUCCUCCCCCGCCCUCCAAUUGCUCCGAAAUCGUCCAGCCCCUCUUCCCUAUCGUCGUCUCCGACUCGCGCUGGCGCCCUUCCGUCGCGUGCCCCGCUGGGUGACAGCGACCGCCAGGAGUCAAGCCCCGCGCCCACCGACCUCACCCCUGCGCUCAAGAUUGCCGUUGCGUCCACCAAGCCUGCGGUCAAGACCGCGCCCAAGCCCAAGACUGCUGUCAAGCGCGGCGUGCGCCGCCUCUAA